AUGACCUAUUUCAUGUUUUUAUUAUUAAUAGCUUUGGUUGUGGGGUUAGUUGCUGUUGCUUCUAAUCCUACUCCUUAUUUUGCUGCUCUUGGUUUAGUGGUUGCAGCUGGGGUUGGAUGCGGGGUUUUGGUUGGUCAUGGGGGCUCUUUUUUAUCUUUAGUUCUCUUUUUAAUCUAUCUAGGGGGGAUGCUUGUAGUUUUUGCUUAUUCAGCGGCUUUGGCCGCCGAGCCUUAUCCUGAAGCCUGGGGUAGUCGUUCUGUUUUAGGUUAUGUGUUAGUAUAUCUUUUAGGGGUUGGUUUAGUGGCAGGGUUCUUUUGAGGGGGCUGGUAUGAAGGAUCGUGGGUGGUUGUCGAUGGACUAAAGGAGUUCUCCGUUUUACGUGGAGAUGUUAGUGGGGUGGCUGUGAUGUACUCAUCGGGUGGGGGAAUGUUGGUGAUUUGUGCUUGGGUGCUGCUUUUAACCCUGCUUGUUGUGUUAGAACUCACUCGUGGUUUAAGCCGUGGGGCCCUUCGUGCAGUUUAG